AUGUCGAGCUCUCUGAUGGGUAAAUUUAUGGGACCACGCCCAAACAUUGAGGUUGUUAGGGCCUAUGUUAAACGGAAAUGGGCUUUGAAAGGCAAUGUUGAAAUUUUGGCUCUGCCCAAAGGUCUUCUCACCUUUUCUUUUUCAUGUGAAGAAGACAAAAUAAAGAUCCUCUAUGGUCGCACUUGGUUGGUUGGAAAGACAGCUUUGGUCCUCCAGAAAUGGCACUUGAAUCUAAAUAUGAGUGAAUCUCUUCUGGUGCAAGUCCCAGUUUGGGUUAAGCUACCAGGUCUACCUCUUGAAUACUGGGUAGAAAGUAUUUUCUCAGGUAUAGCAAGCUCUUUUGGUGAGCUCCUUUCAAUUGAUCCUAUCACAGCCUCAAGAAGGAGCCUCACCAAUGCCAGAUUUUGUGUAGGGAUCGCCCACGACGCAGAUAUGCCUGAGCAGAUAGAUAUUGUGUCUAAGUUGGGUACUUAG